GUGAUACCCCGCGCUGUUCCCCCACUGAUCACCAGACUUGUAACGAGUCUAGCCUCGUCUCACUCGAAGCAACUGGCGCGGGUAAACGGCCUUUAGUGAUAACCAGCGCUCCGUAUUGAUGACACGAAAACAAAAUCGUCAAGAUAAAAGACAAGGACGGAAGACAACAAAACAGCUAGUUACCUCCCCGCCCCGCUCUUCUUGACGUCUGGAUAAUACCUGCGAGGCUAUAAGAAGGGUGGAGGAGGAUAGCAAAUAGCACCAAGCCAGGGCUAGCAGAGAUACGGUCAGCAAGCCGUCAGCCAACCAGAGAACAUGUCGAAGCGUCCGGUUAUCGCCGUUGCUGGCCUUGCCUGCGAGACAUCGACCUUUUCGCCGGCCGUCACGCUUGCCCCGGCCUUCCACCCCAAGCGCGGCGAUGAGAUUGUCGAGCGAUACGAGUUCCUGCACGCCGAUAAGCCGCUGGGGAUAGAGGCAGAGUGGAAGGGCGCGCUCAUCGGACAUGCGCUUCCCGGAGGCAUUGUGACUCGCGAGGCCUUUGAGACGCUCUCCAAGGAGAUUGUGGAAAGGCUGCAGGUGAUUGUCGCCGAGAACAAGGUCGAUGGCUUGUGGUUUGAUAUCCACGGCGCCAUGUGCGUGCAAGAGCUGGACGAUGUAGAAGCUGAGCUGUUGAGGCGCGUUCGCGCUGUCAUCGGCCCGGAUGUUAUUGUAUCGGCGUCGAUGGAUCUGCACGGCAACGUCUCGCGGGAGCUGGCGCACAUGUGCGAUCUCAUCACCUGCUACCGCAUGGCACCGCACGAAGAUGCCAUGGACACCAAAGAGCGAGCGUGCCGUAACCUCGUCAACAUCUUGCAGGGAAAGGAGCCUGGAUUGCGACCGUUGAAAGCUUGGAUCCCUGUGCCUAUUCUUCUUCCUGGAGAACAGACCUCGACGCGAAUUGAACCCGCAAAGCACAUUUACGCUGCAGUACCAGAAGUGGAAGCCGGAGAUGGCGUCUUGGAUGCUGCAAUUUGGGUGGGCUAUGCCUGGGCUGACGAGCCGAGAAACCGUGCCGCCAUCGUUGUCACCGGAUGGGAUGAAGCAGCAGUUUCUCGAGGAGCGGAGAAGCUGGCCAACCUAUUCUGGGAUGCGCGGGCUGACUUCAAGUUCGUUGCGCCCACGGGCAGUUUUGCUGAGUGUCUGGAUGCUGCCGUCAAAUCACCUCCUGAGGAGCGUCCAUACUUUAUCUCUGAUUCCGGCGAUAAUCCCACGGCUGGUGGUUCGGGGGACAUGACUUGGGGACUGACGAGAUUGCUUGAGCGGCCCGAGUUCAAAUCACCUGAUUCCGGAUACACAGUCAUUUAUGCCAGCGUUCCUGGGCCCAAGGCGAUUGAGACGGCCGUUGCCGCAGGUAUUGGCGCAACUGUCACUGUGACUGCUGGAGCCGACGUCGACAACCUACAUGCACCUCCGCUUACAAUGACUGGUCGAGUUCACUCCAUCAAGCACGGCGAUCGUGAUGCUGUAACCGAAGUUGUCCUACAGGUUGGAUCAGUAUACGCCAUCUUGACCAAAUUGCGAAAGCCGUACCACAAAGAAAAGGACUUUACCGAUCUAAACCUCACCCCACGAUCUGCCGAUAUUGUCAUUGUCAAGAUUGGGUACCUUGAGCCGCAGCUAUACGAUAUGGCCAAGGGCUGGAUGCUUGGGCUGACGCCAGGGGGCGUUGACCAAGACUUAAAGAGGCUGGGUCAUCAUCGGAUACGGAGACCCAUGUGGCCUUUUGACGAGGACUUUGAGAAGAUGCCCGACUUGAAGACGGUGUGGAUUGAUAAGUCGAAUGAGCCGUUGAGUGGUCCAGACGUUUGAGAGGUUCAAAAUGUACAUGUACGAUGAAGAAAAUAAGGUACGAAAACUUUUAGACUUUUUAACUCUGUAUGUUAUACUUCUAUAUGGAUCGUAGGCCAGCUAAGAGGCAUAACUCUUUCUGUAGAAAGGAUUAACUUCAAAUGCGCAAGCUGAAUAUGCUAAACUUGUUCACUCUACCAAAUCAGUGCUGGAAAUGACAUCCUUCC